CUGUGAGGAGCUUGGCAUUAUCGCUGUGGUCGGGUUUUACAAAAUUGUGGACUGAUUUUAAACUUCUGCUCGCUGCAGUUGUGCGUUUACUCUGGGUUAUCUACUGGCUACUGAGGGAAAAGUCAAGGCCCCGUAAGCAUUGAUGUCGAAAAGGAACACACAGGGAAGCCAACAGAUGACCACCAGAACAGGUGCUGACAUUGACGACAGAGCGUGAGGUUUAAGGUAUGAAUUGCAAAGACAAUGGAACAUUAUCUUCUGCUGCUGGUUCCGACGAACACCAGAUGACACUGAGUCUGUCUUCAGAGAUGCAGGUUCGGCACCUCCCCACCAAGAACAAUGCAGCACAUUUACCAGCGCCAGUUGGUAAUAUUGCGGGGAAGAAGCCUGGUCAAGUUGAGAUAAAACGUGAAUGUGACAAAUAUAUAGAAUGUGAGAGGGAGUUCAACCGUGGCCAUGACCUUAAAGAUCAUAUGACUGUACACACAAGAGUUCUGAGGAGUCGUGAACUACGUCACAAAUGUAUGGUAUGUGAGAAAGGGUUCAGAGCCCCAUAUGCCGUGAAGGAACAUAUGAAUAUACACACAGGAGAGUGUAACUUUCCAUGCGAAGUUUGUGGACAGAAGUUUUCUCAGCGUAGGGGUUUGCAGAUCCAUAUGUGCACCCACUCCACAGACAGGCCACAUAAGUGCAAGCUCUGUACGAGUGCAUUUAAGAGGUCAAACCAUUUGACACGACAUGUGUUUGGUGUACACGAGAGAAAACGGAAAAUAAGAUGUAAUGAUUGCAAUAGAUACUACUUUCCAUCUCCUGGAAGUGAGGUGAGGCAUGCAAAGAAAUAUCACGUUGGAGAGGACUACAGAAUUGAUGAGAGGCCAUACAAGUGUAUACUUUGUGAUGCUCGGUUUAUAGAACGUUGGUCCGUCCGUGUCCAUGCCGACGCAGUACAUUCAGAUGAGAGACCUUAUUUAUGUACUGUGUGUGGUAAAACAUUUAAAAAAAAUAUUUUGUUGCAACGUCAUUCUGCAAUUCAUAUGGAAGCAGAGAAAGUUAGUACUGAAUGUAAAGUAUGUCAGAAGAUGGUGAAAGCAAAUGCCAUGUAUAUUCACAUGAAAUCCCAUGGGGAGAAGAAGUUUUUGUGUAAUAUUUGUGGGAAAAAGUUUAGUUUGAAACAUCAUCUUUCUGCGCAUGAGAAAAGCCACCAAGGGGUGAGAGCACAUGCCUGUGAGCUGUGUGACAAAAGAUUCACCCUACCUCAUCAGCUGAGGGCCCACAGAAACACCCACUCUGUGUCAGAAUCCAAGAAGUCAAAAAUGACAAGACUGACCACCCAAUAACCUCAGGGAGCAUAGAAGAACCUAUUCCUAGAAAUCGAAGUUGCAAGGCUGACUACCCUAUAAACCUCUAGGAGCAUAGAAGAUUGAGAAGAACCUAUUCUGUGUUAGGACCAUAUACCUCAAAGUGUCCAUUGAUCCAAUAAUGCCAUACAUAUUGCACCUGCAUGUCUCUCAUUGACAUUGUUCAGACAAAGCGCAUCUCUUCUAAGCUACAUUCAAUCCAUAGUUCUACAUUGUGCAUUUUCUGUAGGAUUAUUUUUAUCUCCACAAUUUUGUGCUCUUUGAACAUGCUUUGCACAUGAAAGUAUGUGCUAUAUAAGUGUACCAUUAUGUUCUAGACAUGUCCAUCUUCUUGUAGCCAUGACCAUCCUUUUUUAGUUACGUCCAUUCUGUCGUAGCUGGUCCUUGUUGUAUUUGUGUCCAUCCUGUUGUAUAUUGUAGCUUUGUGCACCCUGUUAAACAUGUUGUUGCUGUGUCCAUCCUGUUGUAGCCAUGUUCUUCCUUUACUAGCGGUGUCCAUCCUGUUGUAUAUUGUAGCUUUGUGCACCCUGUUAAACAUGUUGUAGCUGUGUCCACACUGUUGUAGCCAUGUUUUUCCUUUACUAGCUGUGUCCAUCCUGUUGUAACAGUGUCCAUCCUGUUGUAGCUCUGUCCACACUGUUGUAGCCAUGUUCUUCCUUUACUAGCCGUGUCCAUCCUGUCGUAACAGUGUCCAUCCUGUUGUAGCUCUGUUCAUACUGUUUCUGUCCAACCGGUUCUAUCCAUGUCCACCCUCUUGUAGUUGUGUCAUUCCUGUUGAACAUGUUGGAGCUGUGUCCAUCCUGUUGGACAUAUUGUAGCCAUGUCCACCCUGUUGUAACAGUGUUCAUCUUGUUGUAUCUAUGCCCACCCUAGUGUAGCCGAGUCCAUUCUGUUGUAGCCAUGUCCACCCUCUUGUAGUUGUGUCCAUCCUUUUCCAACCUCUAUCACCACCCUGUUUUAGGUGUGUCCCUUCUAGCCAAGACCACCUUGUACAAGACUCGUCCUUCCUGUUCUAUUUGUGUCUACCCUGUUCUAAUCAUGUCUCAUAGGUGUUCCUUAUCUAGCAGUGUCCAUUCUGCCGUGUCCAUCCUUUCCCAACCUCUUCGCCCAGCCUGUUUUAGGUGUGUCCCUUCUAGCCAAAACCACCUUGUACAAGACUCGUCCUUCCUGUUCUAUUUGUGUCUACCCUGUUCUAAUCAUGUCUCAUAGGUGUUCCUUAUCUAGCAGUGUCCAUUCUGCCGUGUCCAUCCUUUCCUAACCUCUUCACCAAGCCUGUUUUACUCAGGCCUUUGUAGCCAUGUCCACUCUGUUCAAAUUAGGUCCACCCUUUAUAGGCGUUGCCAUCCUGUUCCAGCUGUGACCCUGUAGGUAUGACACCCAGUGGUUACAACUAUGUUGAACAUGUACUAUUUCAAUAAACUGAAUAGUAACAGUC